AUGUCCCUCAGAAUACCCCGCCUCCCUGCUCUCCUCCCCCCCCGCCCCCUCCCUCCCCCAUACCAUCCCCGUUCCUUCCCCCGCCGCCCCUUCUCCACCCCUUCCCCCACCCCCUCGGCUCCCGAACCGACCUCCGCCUACGCCAAAUUCAAAGCCCUCUCCAAGAAAUACGGCUACUACGCCAUCGGCAUGUACUUCUUCCUCUCCUCCCUCGACUUUUCCGCCACCUUCCUCCUCGUCCACGCCGUCGGCGCUGAGCGGAUCGAACCUUUCCUCGACGAGGGGAAAGGGUGGUAUAGGGCCAAACGGUAUGGGGAGGAGGAAGCUUUGCGCCUCAAAGCUGAAGACGAAAGGGCAAGAGAGGAGGAAUCUCGGGAAGCAAAGAAGGAUGGGGGGAAGGGGGAGAGGAACAAGUGGUUCGGACGGACCUUCUGGGCAGAGGUCAUCCUAGCAUACACCAUCCACAAAACACUGCUUCUCCCUUUCAGAGCCGGGUUGACGGUGGCGUGGACACCAAAGUUUGUCGGGUGGUUGACGAAACAAGGUUGGGUUGGGAAGGGCGGAUUGACAAGAGCCGCGACGCAUGCCCAAGGCAAAGUCAAGGAUGCUAGUGAUAAAGUCAAAGACCGCGUCAAGAGGCAGCCCUAGACCACCCCUCCCCCCUCUCCUCCUUCCAAUCUCUUCCAUCUUCACCUACCGCUUCGCCUUCCUCUUCAUCUUCUCCCACACAUCAUUCCACCUUCCUCUCCCUCUCCACGUCUCCAACAAACCAAAACCUUUUCUUCUCAAAAUGUGUGUGUUAUAGACGAAUGGAGCAGGAUGUCUCUCCAUGUUUCGGAACGCAGUUUCCCGUCGUUCUCGAGGGGGACAUGAUUAUGGAGGGUGGGCGGGGAGUAAGCAAAGCAUAGCAUAGAAUCGCAGAAAACAUGCAAAAAAUGGUUUCCAAACCCCC